CUUCUCACUGAAAAAAAUACCCUAAAAGGGCAGCUCCACUAUAUCUACGAGUUCUUCGUUCAAUUGGUGUCACGUAGCUCGUCCAGUGACGAUGAAUCGCUGCAGUUCCAUGCUGCGGCCACCCCGAAAUGUUGCCAGGUUUCGGCGAAAACUCAGCGACUUGCUCAGCGUUGCCAACAUUUCCCGUCCGCAAGGGACAUGAGCUUUGCCCGUGAUGAAAACGGUGCACGAAGGGCAUCAACGUCCGGCUCCUUGUGUAGGAUGGGGACAGUCCAGGCGGUGGCUGCAGCUCUAACACUGCUCAGCGGAUUCACCAUUCUCGAGUCUUCCCGUUGCCGCACACUCGCCCUCAUCGGAAUCGAAUCAUCAUCAUGUGGAAGCUCGCCCUCACCGGUUCGUUGGCGCUGCUGGCGUCCCUAACUCAGGCUCAGAUCCGCGAUGGCGACGAGAUCUGCGUCAUGAGCGACUCGAACUCAUGCGCUGUGGACGACCUCACCACCUCGGCACUCGACAGCAGUACCGUCAUUUACCCGGGCGGUGCUACUCGCUGCGCUUUCGACGAUUUCUAUAACUCGAGCGUGGACUACACCACCAAUUCGACCUACUUCUUCCAGGUGUUCCCAGCUCCAAGCCAGGACAAGACCAAACUCAUGUUGUAUUUCCAGGGAGGCGGCGCCUGUAUCGAUGACUCCACGUGUGCCUUUGGUCUGCAGUGCAUUUUCGAGACUUUCACCGCCAACGCCAGGCCCCUGAGUACGGGCGUACUCAAUCGUUCCAACGACGAGAACCUCUUUAACGACUACAACAUCGUACACCUCCCAUACUGCACCGGCGACCUGCACAUCGGUAGCCGCGUUGACCACAUUGAGGACAGCCCCCUGUACGCGCUGCUUAACAUGCCCGAGUGUUUGGGUCACAAUAUGACUCUGCACCAAGUUGGGUAUAACAACACCAAGGCGGUGCUUGACUGGGCUGUGGAGAACUAUCCGAACCCAGAAGAAAUCAUUAUCAGUGGCUACAGUGCUGGAGCUCUUGGUGCUCAGGCGCUAAGUGCGCUCGUGGCUGAUACCUGGCAGGUUGAGGAGAACAAUAUCCGCUAUUCGGUGCUCAGUGACAGCUACGUCGGCGUGUUACCCAGCGACUACACGGCAGGAAAGCUUAUUUCAUACUAUGGAUCGUGCGAUCUGGACCUCAAGGUGACGUCCGAGCUCUGGGACCGAUGCGAUGACAACGAUCUGACCGUGACCGAGAUGAUGUCCUACAUGAUUGAGAGCGUCCCGGCCGCUCAGUGGCUCUUCCUCAACAGUAUGUACGAUCAGACCCAGCGCUACUUUUACCAACUGGUGGAUGAAGGUAUCCUCGGCUAUCCAUUCACAGACCUCAUCAGUGGGGAGGACUUCUACUCGAAUAUGACGGCAAUCAUCGACGUGUACAAGAACAUCAGUGACGAAGUUUCGACGUUCUAUGUGAACAGAUCUCAGCAUGUGUACCUCACAGUGAAUGACUACUACCACAAUGCUACACGCAGUCCGGGUGGUGAGCUCCUGGGUGACUUCCUGAAGAACUGGUUAGUGACCAACUCGUCGCUUGACGCUGCGGCCUCGGCUGGUUCACUGUCGGCCGCUGGCAGUGUUGCUGGAUCGUCAUCUUCAGAGGAAUCGGCUGCCGUGAGCCUCAAUGGAGCUCUAUCGCUUACGGUGGUGGCUGUGGUCAUCUCGAUGCUCUUCCAGUAGUCUCAUUAUCGACAGUUUCGAGCUUGAUGAGCUCGCCUGAAGCUCCUUAUUACUAAUAGAUGCUAGUGCGAAUAUCAGCUACUACAUCGUCUUCGUUCCUACAAGUACUUGCCAUAUUCAAAGUAAGCAACGUCACGGGUAGGAGUUGAAGAAACAUCUAUUGCUCGCUGUCUGCUAUAUUGCACCGGAAUCACUACAGUUAUGGAGCAUAAUAAUAGUGUGUCGAAAGGUGCGCAAAGUUGAUC